AGUCGUAGUGUUGUGCUCUGCCAGCCUUCAUCAACUUGCACCCAGUAAGCAGUUUCAUCGCUCCCUCUUGCGGCAUCCUCCGCAACUAGUCUGUCUAGAGGUCUGAAAUAAGCAGCAGAGAGCCCUCACACAGUCUUGCUCUCUGCGACCAACUGUGCGAUCAACAUGGAGGAUUUCAUACAGAAACUGCCGUCGGUGUCAGGUUGGUUGAUCGGCGAUGCUCCAGCCGUGAGAGAAGCCCUCGCCAAGUUCUCCUGGAAGUCACCCGUUGUUGUGGUCAAAAUUAUUGACAGCGUACUGAGAGGCAUCGCACAGGUGGCUUUCGGCAACAACCCUCUCACGGGCCUCUUAAUUCUCAUCGGCCUCUUCGUGGGUAAUGUCUACUCUGGCCUUGGUGCCAUCCUGUGCUCCCUCACAGCGAUCUUCACCGCCAAGGUGUUAAACUGGCAGGACGAUGCUGUGGCAGCCGGUCACAGCAACUUCAACGCUGUGCUCAUCGGUACUGUUACCACCGCUCUUUACCCCGCCGUGUUUGGGGAGGCCAUACCAUUGCCUGUCUGGGGAUACAUGGUGAUUGCCGCUGUGUUCACAGUGUGUGUGAUGGGAGGCUUGGGAAGGAUCAUGGAGGGACACAACAUUCCCGCUCUAACUUUGCCCUUCAACAUCGCAGUAUCCACUACCUUCCUCUGCAUGAAAAUGGCAGGUUAUGGUACCACCACCACCGACUCGUCGUCUGCUGAUUCUGCUGCUGAGGAGGCCAUCCACUGGGGCCAGGUAUUCCGUGGCACUCUUCUUGCUGCAGGCCACGUCUGGGCGGUGGAGGAUGUGGCGUGUUCUUGUCUGGUGUACUUGGCCCUCUUCAUUUUCUCUCCGAUCCUCGCUCUCGCCAGCUACACGGGGGCCGCUCUGGGCACUUUUUCAGGUUUGUUGGUGUCAUCAUCACCUUACGCCGCCGUGUACCACGGUGUGUGGGGCUACAAUGGCUUCCUGGCAGCUGGAUCGAUCUCAUUUUUCAUGGUGCCCAAGCCACGCAUUCUUCUGUUGGCCGCUAUCAAUGCUGUCUUUGCCACUUUCAUUCAGUCUGCUCUCGGCCCCGUUUAUGCUGCAAAUGGCUUGCCGGUGUUCACUUUUCCUUUCUGCCUGGCAUCGGUGGUGAUGCUGGCCGCCGCCAUGGCCUCUGGGCCGCCCUCACUCCGCGUAGGCAAUCCCACCUUCCCUGAGCUUCAUCUGGUGCAGCACAAGGUGAAAUCGUCGGUGAAGACUACAGAACCAACAAAAAAUGCGGACGAUGCAGUUAGUCAGCCUAUGCUGUGAAGUCUUUGGUUCGUUGGAGACAAUCUCAAGCCUCCUUAUGGGUCAACCUGAUUGUUUCCUAGUUAGAUUUUUUUUUUUUUUUUUUUUUGUAUGUAUCUCAUUUUUUGCAUAGUCACAUAUCUACAGUCCUUUCAUGCCCAGUAAUACUUCACCUACCACGGAGCUUUUCUUUUUGCUCUCUUUGAAUAGUUCUCAUGGAAGACUAUAGGGAUUUUCAAGUAAAUCAACCGUACACAACACUUGAGUAUCCAUACUCCAUUGCCCAAAGAAACAUGUAAGGAGGAACAGGAAGCUUGUGAUCUUUUGCCCCUCUCCAGUUUUCCUAUCCUUUGUGAUUUCUAAUCUGACUGAGACGUUCUAUGAUCUAUGGCACUGACGUUUCAUUUACAUAAAUAACUUGAGCUUCCAGAGAGGUUUUCAACAAUGCUAUAAAAGAUUAUAGCCAAAAGAAUUUAUGACUUUUCUCUCAGUAAAGUCAAAGAUCCACAUUACCGAAAUCACAUCUGCAUUAUACAUCACUGACCUCUCACUAGCGUACAUGGCUGGGACACUUAAAGAGCGUGAGACAAGACGAUAUUAACAUGAGUGAGUAUCUGAUCAUCAAAAUUGCAAGAAUGAUCUCUGACUUAACGAAGGUCACAAUUUACUCUAAUGACCUCACAAUUUCACAUACAGAUGAGACUCUCAAAGAGUUUUUAGAUAGUACUGAAUUCAGUCAUUGGCUAUACCAAAAUAGCAAAUCUUGUGGUGAAAUUUUGAUUUUCGUUGUUAAAUUUGUUAAUUUCUCCUUAAAAGAAAUGAGAUAGUUUUAAUAAAGAUAAAUGCAAAUUUUCUAUUGGAACAAAAGUUAUUGUGACACACCUGUAAGUGAAUGGAUUACCAAAUUUGAUAUUAUUUGAAUUUUCAGUUCUGUUGUGACUUCUGACAUGAUAUGCAUUAGUGAUUUCAAAUUUGCACGCAUGGUUGAGCCGCCCAAAGAACUCUUCAGUGAUAUGAAAAUGAUUGAAAUUCUUCUAAAGGUGACGAAAGCAAAAAAGAUAAAGUUAAUUUUAACUCAUCUCAGGCUAUAAUCAAAUCCACCUUCCUGAUUCCAUCCUAUUUGAACUGAAAAUUUCAGUUCUCUACGACACACACACACACACACACACACACACACACACACACACACACAGACACACGGACUUCAAAGUUUUAUGUAUACCAGAUGUGUUAUGGUGAUGUAUUGAUCCAUCGUUCCUGUCAGUGUAACAAUGAUCUAAUCUAAUAUUUUUAAAAACUUAAACUUACAUUCAUAUCAAGUUAUCUCAACUCUGUUAUUUUCAUACCUUUUCACCAAAUAACUUAUAUCUUAGAGAACAUUCACUGAUCCCCAUCUUUUCAUGAGAAAACCUGAAGCAUAGUACUGUCAAUGAAAAUACUGUAAACUUAGAGUUGGCAGAGAGAUUAUGAAUAUUCCUUGUUCUUAUUCUAGCUAGACUUACGGUGACAGGCAACACAUCAGACAUACAAUUAACUUAAUGGCAAAGGUUCAUUCUACUUUUUUGUUCAAACGUCUGCAUUUAUGUAUCUAAGACAUAAAAACUUGAUAUGCAUGUUACAGUAUGAACUUUGUGUACUUGCAUGUUAUAAUGCACUUUGAUGUUUUUUACACAAUAUCAUCAUGUAGAGGUGAAAAUAAACUGGUAAUAGGUUUAAUUUACAUGGUAUAAAUAAAAAAAAAAUGAGAA